CUAUCGGCGCAUGAAGUGAUCCAAGCUGGUGUCGCAAACGGUACUCUUGUCAGAUCGGAAGGUUAAUCACAGCUGCGCAGAUGGAAAGACAGCACAUCGGUUUAAGAUCUGUUUACAUUGCAUUGGCGUGUGAUCAUUGCAUAUUGACCUCUUUCUCAGGAGCUCACGCCGUACGCCUCAAGCCGCUGUAAUCCGAACACUGUUGAGUUUGUAACCUCUCUGACGAAGGGGACCGGAUCAGACUUCGUGGCAGCCCCGCCGAGUAACGCGGACAUGGGCGGCUCGGGGGUAGCACGCUCAGGCCGCCAUGUUUCGAGCAGUCGCCCGCCAUUGCUUGUACAAACAGGAGGAGGUGGACAAAGGUAGAAGGAGAAGUCCCCUCUCACCGACCGACACAUACUCCUAUCCAUCGUGCUCGAUUCAUUGACGCCAUCACCGCCUCUUACUUCACCAUGCGCCUCGGCGUCCUCUACCUCCUCGCGCAGGCUAUGGGUGCCGUGUUGAUAACCCCCGCCCCAUCUGCCCUCGCCUGGAGAGCCUUAGAAGCACGGCAAGCUUCCAAUAUCACCAGGCCACAGGGGGAACUCACCAUCCACGACGUUUUCACCGAGUGUGCGAGCAUGCGGGUUUCGUGGACCUGGCCAGGCUCGACUCCCCCAUACCGCAUCUACGUCCUAGAGUGGCGUGAGGGAAGCCUCACGUACGAGCGGACGAACCUCACUGAUUCUGCUUUCGUCAUUCCUGCUCUGCCGGCGCCGGCAGGGUACCAAGCCGAGAUCGGGGUCACGGACAGGACGGGACAGUCCCUCGUGUCGCCCAAGACAACUGUCCGUCCAUGUGCGGACGGCGGGCUGUGUGGGUGCACACCACCCGUUUCGACAACACGUACAGGUACGCCAUCGUACCGGUCACCGGCAGGCACCACCAGGAACUCGACUUCGUCCAGAUCCAGCGCGCCGUCGUCCUAUUUCGCGGCUCUGUCCGAAAGCUCUGAGUGGUCACCUCCGAGUGAACUGCCAUCUCUACAGCCAUCUGGUGAGGUUUCUCAAGCGUCAGUGUUGGCAACAGCUGCCCCUCCUUCCCGCCCAGGGGCCGAGCAUGCGCCCGCCCCCACCUCUGAACGCGCAAACAACCUCGCCCCGGUGAUUGGAGGUGUUGUGGGCGGCACAGUGGCCAUCAUUGCUUUCCUCGCCGUGCUCUGCCUGACGAGGAGAAGGCGCGUCUCCUCGCACACCCAUGCCCCGUCGCGGCGCCUCAGCAUCGACGAGGACCUCGACCAGCCAGCGCCAGCGCCGUUCUUUUCCGACGAGGUUCAACGCGAGUGUCUUGAAGUCUACCAUGCGCAUUAUCUACGGCCAGCCAUGGCCAAUGCGAACUCACUCUCAGACUCACGGUCCAACUCGCCCGCCACGCUUUUCCACCCAUCACGAGCCACAUCGCCCUCGUCGACAUCGGGGCAAAGUGGGCUGGCAGGUAUUGGGCGACGCGACCUCGUGGCCAGGCCUUUCAGCGAGCCGCGAGGAGCAACCACUGACUUCCUCCCAACUGCAGCCGCGCUGGUAGGCCUUCCGCCUAGACCGGAGUGCCGACCGACCGUUGCUCGUCUGCAGCCCGAACGGGUGGAGUCUCAGCAGCGAAGCCACUCCCGCCAGGAAGCGCCUCGGCUCACUGGGUCAUCACAUCCGCCCACGCACACGCUUCAAUCAGCUCGCGCAACCAAGGCUCAAGAGGCAAGGCGCGCUACACAUGCAGAGGACGCGGGCUUUGUCGAGGACGGCAUUCUGCCCCCUUUAUACCGUCAGGAGUGGGAGGCUGACCGUCUUCGGCGCAUUAACGUGGAGCAGUAGGACUUCCGCGUGUGAUCCUAGAGAGCUUGUGUUCCGAUGGAGAUAGCAACGGAAGUUGCAAUCCACCUUAUGUACAAUCAUUGCAG